CAGGACAGUCUGGCAAAAAUGAAAGCCGUCUAUGCAAACCUGAUCUCGGAUGCCUCCUGGUCCAGCAUUGCUCUGGACAUGCUUAAAAUGUCAAGCAGCAACAACACUGGCACUAGUGUAAGCUCUGGCAGCACAGGAGGUUUAGCGUAUGACUGGCACCAGGCAGCGUUGGCCAAAACCCUACAGCAUACUCCAUACCAACUCCUUCCUGAGCCUAGCCUUUUCAGCACCGUACAGCUUUACAGACAAAACAAUAAGCUCUAUGGGCCGGUGUUUACUGGUGCUAGCAAGUUCAGGUGCAAGGACUGUAGUGCAGCCUAUGACACUUUGGUUGGCCUGACGGUACAUAUGAACGAGACAGGCCACUACCGUGAUGACAAUAAGGAUACCGAGGAUGAUCGAAGCAAGAAGUGGUCAAAGCCACGCAAGCGUUCCCUGUUGGAGAUGGAAGGCAAGGAAGAUGCCCAGAAAGUUCUUAAAUGCAUGUACUGUGGCCACUCUUUUGAAUCUUUGCAAGAUCUUAGUGUUCACAUGAUCAAAACAAAACACUAUCAGAAAGUGCCUCUAAAAGAACCAAUGCCAGCCCUCGCCUCAAAGCUGGUACCCCCAACCAAAAAAAGAGCAUUUCAAGACUUGAUUUCCCCAAGCUCACCAGAGUCGGUCUCAUCUGGCAUCGUCCUGGGAGAGUCUCCUAAAGACCAAAAACUGACCAAUCCCUAUGUCACUCCUAACAAUCGAUAUGGUUACCAAAACGGUGCAAGCUAUACUUGGCAGUUUGAGGCACGCAAGGCACAAAUUCUUAAAUGCAUGGAAUGUGGCAGUUCACAUGAUACCUUGCAACAACUGACAGCCCACAUGAUGGUCACAGGACACUUUCUUAAAGUCACAAAUUCUGCCUCUAAAAAGGGUAAGCAGUUAGUUUUUGAUCCUGUCAUUGAGGAGAAAAUUCAGUCGAUUCCUCUGCCACCAACUACCACACGACUCCCAGCACCCAAUGGGAAGUCACAACCUGACUCCCCAUUGCAGCCGUCUAGCCCUGAGGAGAAAAAUGAAGAAAGGAAAGAUGAAGAGAUGGAAGAAGAGAGAAUGGAUCUAAUGGAACCAGAGAAAAAAAUUAAAGAGGAGAAAGAAGAUCCCCCUGAAAAAGCUGAUAAACCUGGAAAGGCCAAAUCUUACCAAUAUCUGAGAGAAGAAGACUUGGAAGAGACACCUAAAGGUGGCUUGGACAUCCUAAAGUCUUUAGAAAAUACAGUUUCAAGUGCAAUCAGCAAGGCCCAAACAGGCACGCCAACCUGGGGUGGAUACCCCAGCAUUCACGCUGCCUAUCAGCUCCAUGGAUCUUUGAAGUCUACCUUGCCCUCAUGUGCACAGGUUCAGCCUUUGUUCAGCAGCAACAGUUUGAAGGUGCUGCCCUCUGAUUUAGGUACUCUGAUCCAUUCACCAAAUAGCCCCUCUCCCCCUCCAAGUCACAAGAGCAAUGUGCUGGCCAUGGAGGAGCUAGUGGAAAAAGUAACAGGGAAAAGUUCAGUAAAGACUGAAAAAGAAGAAAAACCUGUAGAGAAUAAGUGCAGGUCCGCAAAGUCACCGCUGCCAAAUCCUAAGGACAAGCGAGGUUCACCCAAUCCAGAAAAUCUCUCAAAAGCAGUAAAAAAUAAUGCAGCAGAGGACCAGACUGAGUCAAGAGACAGAGAGGGAGAGCAGGCAGAGAGUAAAGUAGAGACACAGAUUAAGAGUGAAGUUGAUUCACCACAAAAGCCUGUAAGCAAUGGCUGCAAUAACCUGAGCAUCAUCACUGAUCACUCGCCUGAACAACCACUUGUCAACCCUCUCAGUGCUUUGCAGUCUAUCAUGAACAACCACUUGGGGAAAGCUGCAAAAGUGGCCACCCCCUUCAUAGACCCCUUUGCAAUGCUAUAUAAAAUCAACAGCAGCUCUGCCCAGAUUAAGUCGCCAGAGCCUGUAAGUCAGUACCACGAUGACGAUGAUGAUCAGCCCAUGGACUUGACGAAAUCCAAAAACACUAAUGGAGGUGCAGCUAAGGGUACUUCUGCCACACCAAACAACAGUAACAACAUUACCAACAGCAAACCAGUUUUCAGAGCGUUCUCUCAGUCUUCAUCUCCACCCCUGCGGGAGAAUGCUUUGAUGGAUAUUUCAGACAUGGUGAAAAACCUGACUGGCCGUUUGACACCAAAGUCUACAACCCCAUCUUCCAUCUCUGAGAAGUCAGACAUCGAUAGCUGUACUUUUGAGGAUGGCUUGGAGGAGUUGUCUCCCAUCCAAAGACGGAAAGGCAGACAGUCAAACUGGAAUCCUCAGCACCUCCUGAUUCUCCAGGCCCAGUUUGCCUCCAGUCUUAGGGAGACUCCUGAGGGAAAGUUUGUAAUUAGUGACUUGGGACCCCAGGAGCGGGUCCACAUCUGUAAAUUCACUGGUCUCUCCAUGACUACUAUCUCUCAUUGGCUGGCUAAUGUAAAAUACCAGUUAAAGCGGACAGGGGGCACAAAGUUCCUAAAAAAUAUUGACUCUGGCCAGCCUCUGUUUUUGUGCAGUGACUGUGCAUCCCAGUUCAGGACUCCGUCUUCCUACAUUCACCAUUUGGAGUCCCAUCUUGGGUUUACCCUGAAGGACCUGUCAAAGCUAUCCAUAGACUUAAUAGAGCAGCAAGCAGUCAGCAGAAUAGAGGACAAGACUUUCAGUUCCUCUGGACUCACAGAAGAAGACACAGGCUCGAUGUAUCAGUGCAAACUGUGCAAUCGGACAUUUGUGAGCAAACAUGCAAUUAAAUUGCACCUUUGCAAAACACAUGGAAAGUCCCCAGAGGACCAUCUCAUCUUUGUGAAAGAGUUGGAAAAGUUUGACAAACAAUGAAGUCAGAUAAAGCUGACAGCAUGACGGAUUACUGUUGCACUAUAACUCUUAAGCUACAAUCUGUCAUUACAGAUAGUGCCACAACUGUAUUGUCCAUUGCUGCGACGUAUAUUAUAAUGAAAACAUGGUAGCUUUAAUACCACAUUAAUUAUUCAAUUAUCUAUAAAUGGCAGGAGCUUGCAAUGCAGACGCUCAAAGCUGUGUUGUAAAAGUCGAUCUUUUGGUGACAUAAAUGUACCAAAAUGGUGCAGCAGCCAUGGCACUAUGUAGUCACUGACUGAUUGUUGCUUUCAUAAUGCACUGCAUCUUAUCUGAGCCUUUGGUUGUUUUAAAACUGGACCAUGCUCUUAUUUUGAUCACUGUUUUUAAGAUGAAUAUAUUUCAACACAACUUGCAUAUUAUUUAUGAGACAGUUUGUGCAUGUUUUUUUUUUAUGUAAAGCAGUGAACAUAUUAUGUCUAAUGAAAUUUAAACCAUGAUGACAAAACUAAUAUCCCUGGUUAGCAAAUUUCGGAUACAGACAUUUAUAUGAAGGUACAUGGUUAUGAAGUUAGCCAUGUGAAAGAAGGUGUUCUAAAAUGUUAAGAUGAUUUCAGCACUUUAAGGAAGUGUAAAUUGAUGAAGACAUGUAUGGGGAAAAAAAUACAGCACAUCACCAUUUUGAGUUUUAAUUUCCUUGAUCAACAUGGCAAUUUGAGGACUAACGAUGAUAUUGUUUUGUAUAUGCCAUUAAAUUACAAAAAUUCUCACAAAAUGUCAAGAAUCUUUGUUUCUCUAGUAAAAUAUAAUUUCCUGGUUGUUUCAACAUGUACAGUAUUUGCGUUAGUAGGCUACCAGUUUUAUUAUUGUGAAGCUACAGUUGUAAAAUUAAUGAAGUUUAAAACUUAUUGUAUGAAUAAUCAGCAAGUAUGUAUACAUGUAUGUCAGCAUAUCUUGCUCUUUACAGUUCAACAUUAUUUGUACUGUGUGCAUUUUUAUAAUGUUAUUUUCUAGACAAAUAUGGGGGAAAAUGUAUAUAGCUACAGAAUAUUGUUGGACCGCAAUGCCCUUUUUCAGUGAAAAGUAGGUCCUUCAAUGUGGUUUACAUAAAAUGACAGAAUUUUACUGGCAUCUGCUCUGAUGCAUGGUAUUGUACAUAACAUUGAAAAAAAAAAAAUCUCACGCAAUGAUAGAUUUCCAGGUUUUGUCAUCGACCCAGUUAUUCAAAAUGGCAUUCUUUUAUCCUC